AUGGUCGUUCUCAUUGCGGGAAUCACCGGCAGCCUAGGGCGUCGUUUGGCGAGAGCUGCUAGGGCGCGCGGCUUGUCAGUUCGGGGUUUGGGCCGUGACCCCACGAAACUGGAGACGGACCUUCGUCGGGAUCUGGAGUCUUUCGUCACAAGCCAGAACUACUACGACAUUCCGGCCUUAGACGCAGCCGUCACAGGAGUUGAUGCUGUCAUUUGUGCUUACACACCGAAUCCUGUGCUCGACCUCGAUGCGAAUCUUUUACUCCUGCGCGCUGCCGAGCGUGCGAAGGUCAAAAUAUUCAUCGCUUCCUCUUGGAACAAUGACUGGACGAGAAUCAAGUUUGGAGAAUUCGAGCACUACGACUCGCACAUCGCUUUUGAGCAACAAGCGGCAAUGACAAGCCCCAUCAACCCGGUGUACAUCUUUACAGGGGUGUUUGCGGACUUGCUAUACACUCCAUACGGACCCGGCGGAUUUGAUAUUACCGGAGACAUACCCGUCAUGAAGUAUUGGGGAGAUGGAAACAAGCAGCUUCACUCUUGGACAGAGCAGGAUGAUGCAGCGGCUUGGACCAUCGAGAUCCUCCUAAACGGAGAGGGCGUCAGGGAAGGCAAGGGAGGUUUCUUCAGGAUACGAUCCGGGGAGCACACCAUCGAGGACCUAGCGUUGAUAUACGAGGAAGCAACUGGAACCUAUGUCGAAGUAAGGCGCCAGGGUGACUUGGUGGAUCUAGCGAACGAGGUCGCUGGCAAGCGCAGGGAGAAGGGCAGGGCAAGAUACUUUGAAUAUCUACCUCAAACGGCUGCACUCAUAGCUGAUCAGGGGCUUUGGAAGAUGAAGGAUACUGUGUCGUUGGAACAUAUUCGUAGGCCGACUGCUUUAGAACAACAUCUUAGGCAGAGAUUUCGACAAUAA